AUCACCUUAUAUCAAUUUCCCCCCAAAAAUCCUCUACGACUAAGAGACACCAUCUUCGCUUUCACUGUUUUGUCUCCCGCUUUGAUUUCCGUUGAAAUUUCCUAGAACAAUGAAAAUCGACGAAAUUUCCUCGCCGGAUCUCCGGCCAAUCCCCCACGAUGAUCCUCACUCUCACAUAUGCUCUCAAAUGGAGUUAUCAAUCAAGGAAAUUGAACGGCAUUCCCCGGGAAAGCCCUUGCCUGAGACUCUCUCCGCGGAGCUUAACCGCUGCGUUAUUCAACUGGUUCCACUUGUACCGCUUCCGAACUCGAUCAAGCUCCAGAUAUGGAAACUCAGCUACCGCCUCUGGAACGCCUGCGUCGACCUCUCUAACGCCGCCGGAGUCAAAUCCUCCGCCUACAAACUCAACGAAGAACAUGCGAAACUCCGACAAGUCUCCGCUGAUCUACUCUUCCUCGCCGGAGAUGUCUCCACUAUUCCCUCGCCGGCUUUCAAAGCCGCCUCCUUCUUCUAUAAGACCGGCCUUAUUUGGCACGAGCUCAGGAAGUUCGAUCUCGCCAACAAUUGCUUUGAGAAAGCCACUGAUCUAACUUCAAAGGUCGAAAUCAGUUCAGUUUCAGAUAACGAAGAAAAAAGGCUUUUAUUAGACCUAAAUAUUGCUCGAUCACGAACAGCUUGGGAAGUUGCGGAUCGAAAUUUAUGUAUCACAUUAUUGAAUCGAUCAAAGAACCUACUGUUUGGAAAUGCAGAGAAUUACAAAGCUGUAGCAAAUCAGUAUUUGAUGUUUGCAAAGACUAUACUGUCCAAAAAUGAAGUUUCUGGAGUGAAUGAAGAAUCAAAACUGAUGAAUGAAGCACUGGAGUUGUGUGAGAAGGGAUUGAGAAUUGUGAAAAGGACAGAGGAGACAUUAGCCCUGAAGGAGCUGAAGUCAAAGACACUUAGAUUUAUGGCAGCAUCUCAUUUGCAGAGAGAUGAAUUUGAGAGUGCAUUGAAGUGUGUGAAGUUUCUGAGAAGUGGUGAGAGGGACCAGCAUCCUAGUUUGAGUGUGUUGGCCAUGAAGGCAUGGUUGGGGUUGGGCAGGUUUGGAGAGGCAGAGCAGGAGCUGAGGUCCAUGGUGUUGGAUAAGGGAAUUCCGGAGGGAGUUUGGGUGUCAGCAGUAGAGUCAUAUUUUCAAGCUGUGGGGACUGCAGGGGCUGAAACUGCAAAGGGGGUGUUUUUGGGACUUGUUGGAAGGUGUAAUGUCAGUGCUGGUGCAGCAAUCAGGAUUGUGAAUAAGGUGAUAGGAUCUGGUGGAUGUGAUGGAAAGGAGGCAAGAGUGAGAGCAAAGGUGGUAGCUGAUGUGGUAUCUGAUGACAGAGUGGUGGAACUCUUUGCUGGAGGGGCAGCUGCCAAUGAGAGAACAGCCAUGCAUGCUAUUCUCUGGAACUGUGCUGCAGAACAUUUCCGUUCGAAAGAUUUCCAGACCAGUGCAGAGAUAUUUGAAAAAUCUAUGCUUUAUGUUCCUUAUGACAUAGAGAAUAGAACUCUCAGGGCAAAGGGCUAUAGAGUUUUGUGUCUCUGUCAUCUAGGCCUCGCACAGCUAGAUAGAGCUGAAGAAUACAUUAAUGAGGCUGAAAAGCUUGAACCAAAUAUAGCUAGUGCCUUCCUGAAGUUUAAGGUCUACCUACAGAAGAAAAACGACAGUGCUGCUACUACCCAGGUCCAAACAAUGUCAAGUUGCCUAGAUUUCACCACAGACUUUCUCUUGCUCUCAGCUCAUGAGGCUAUUGCUUGCCAUUCUCUUCCAGUGGCUGUUGCUUCUCUGUCACACAUCUUAGACCUCUAUUCUGCAGGGAAACCAAUGCCAACUACUGAGGUCAUAAUUUUCCGGACCUUAGUCACGGUUCUAUCUCAAGAUCACAUCAAUGACUCUGAUAUCCUUAAACAGAUGAAACGAGCUCAUGCUAGAAUGUCUGAACUUGGGCCAAAAGCUUUUUUUGGGAAAGGUGAGGUUGGAAAACGAGAACGAAAUUGGUUUUCGGUAAAUGCUUGGAAUUCUGGGGUAAGAACUGGGAAGGAGAAAAAAUAUGAUUUAUGUGCAGAGUUCUUUAGAUUAGCAUCAGAAUUUUAUAGUGCUGUGACUGAUGAAGAAACAGAAGGGAACAACGAAAUGGUUUGCCAAUCAUUGAUAUUGGCUGCAUCUGCCAUUAUUGCUGAUGAGAAGCAAAGAAACGGUACACUAACGGAAACUGAAGUCAAACAGGCCAUUGCAUUGCUUGAUAGAGUGCAGAAGAUAUUGUCGUCGAGCACAAGUGGCUCAGGUGAAAAUGACAAUCUACUAGCCAGUAUUGCACCCAGCUUAUUCUUUACAUACAUUUGGAGUGCUUAUGAUCUCUAUGGGAGGCUCAGUGGAAUGGGGCCACAACAGCUUGUCCUAAUAAAACAGUUUGCAAACUCAAAAAGCUGCAAUAUAGAUCAUCUUCUCCAGAUAGGCCUCGAGGCCUCACAAGGGGCACAAUCCAAUCAUGAAGUAGCUGCAUUUGCAUUAAACACAUGCCUCUCUAACCUCCUGGCUUCUCCCUUCCCCGAUUACUCCAAAGUGGCACUCAUCCUCAGAAAACUAAUCUCUUCGGGAACCAUCCUUAAAGGCGAUACCUGUGAUGACGCCAUAAUGGAAACGUAUAAGCAAGCAUACAGGAUUAUGGUGGGACUGAAGGAGGGGGAAUAUCCAGUUGAAGAAGCAAAAUGGCUGUCUAUGACAGCAUGGAACCGUGCAGCUGUACCGGUCAGGCUGGGGCAUAUAGAUACAGCCAAGAAGUGGAUGGGUAUGGGGUUGGAGUUGGCUAGGACGGUUCCGGGGAUGCAAACAUAUAGAUCAUGCAUGGAAGAUUUUGUUGUUGGCUUUGAAGAAAAAAUCCAUGGGCAGAAGGAUAGUAAAAGCAAUGCUGUAUUAGUGACGUGAGACCAAUAAUCCUACCAUAUGUAUAUAGAAGAUGAUACAUAUCACAGAUUGUGGAUAUUCAACUUAAGCCUAGCUGAUAUAUACAGGAGCUAGCUAGGGUGAUUAUGCAUGGUUGCUAGGUAUGUAACUCGAACUAAUUCUCUUCCCAUAUUCACCACUCUAUUCCCCACUCACGAGGCUUUUUUCUUGCCUUCUAUAUAGACAUUAUUUUCGUAUUAUCCUAGCUUGUAAUAUAGGUGGUUAUUUAGUAGGGAUAAUUCAUCAUGGAAUCAUUACGCAUAUGGGAAGACUGUGA